GCAGGAUAAAACUCCGCCACACUGUGUAAAGCCAUGUGGACUUUGUGAUGUUGGAUCUUAUUUUUUCGCUAAAGGGGACAGAGUGAUGUCCAUAGCGCAGGGGACUUGGCGGAGACUAUGGCGAAGCGCGCUCUCUCUUACUUCGCUCUGUGGAACGCGGGCGCGCUCUCGCUGCUAUUGCUGUGCGCUCGCGCUGCUUGCCCUGAGUUCUGCGAUUGUCCACACGCGCAACACGUCCUCUGCGCCAACCGCGGCCUGCGUGCCGUGCCCGAGAGCAGCCGGUCCGUGCGCGUGCUCGGCCUGGCAGGGAACUUUAUCGGUAACGUGAGCGCGCGCGCUUUGGCACACUAUGGCCACCUGACGCGGCUCGAUCUGCAGUUCAACCAGAUCCGGCGCGUGCAUCCGAAAGCGUUCGAAAACCUCGUUGAGCUCGAGGAGAUUUAUCUAGGGCACAAUCAGAUUUCGGAGCUGCACCCCGGGACUUUCGGGCCGUUAAAGAAACUCAGCGUGCUGUACGGCAACGAUAACGACAUCCGGAUGCUGACAGGAGACACAUUCGGAAAGCUGGACCGUUUGGUCCGGUUAAGACUGGAUAAGAACUCUAUAGAGCUACUGAGUGAGUCCGUGUUUAAACAUCUGUCUAGUCUGAUAUUCCUGCAUCUGGAAUCUAAUCAGCUCCAGCACAUUCACCACAAAGCGUUUUCCAGUCUGACUAAACUCCAGUUUCUAAACCUAUCAGACAAUAAGCAAACGCAUCUGCGCGAGACGCCUCUGUUCUCCCAGCUCAGGUCUUUGGUCACACUGCUGCUCUCGGGAAACCGAAUCACGCACAUCGGCAGUCACGUGUUUCAGAACCUUAAAAAGCUCACAAAGCUGUCGCUGAGUAACAACAACAUUCUCAGGCUGGACAACGACACGCUGAAAGGACUCGCGCGCCUCCGUGAGCUUACAAUCGACGGCAACAAGCUAACGGAGAUCCAGGCUGGUGUACUGGAGCCGCUCACACGCGUCGAACGGCUCGAUCUCAGCGAUAACCGGAUCACACGUAUUGAUCCCACCGCGUUUUCUCGCCUCGCCCACCUUCGGGUGCUGGAUCUGAGCAACAACCGGCUCAGGAGGAUCUCCGGUGGCGCUUUCGCAGCAAAUGCCGCUCUGUUCCAGCUGGAGCUGAGCGGAAACAAGUGGAAAUGUGACUGUCGCAUGGAGAAGCUGAAGGGGUGGAUGGUAGAGAUGCGCGCCCGUGGAAAGUUACUCACAGCGCUCGUGCGAUGCCAUCACCCACCCACACUCGAGGGUAAAUAUCUGGACCAUGUGAACGACACGGAGCUGCUCGCGCACCGGACCGGUAGCAGGCACUGCCAAGUGAAAAAGGCUCGCGGAUCAGGAGGCCAGGAGCCGCCAGGUGUAACGGAGGAGAGGCUGAAGAGAGGAGGAGACACAGAGGAGGACAUGGUGCUCCGGGAUGCAGGGACAGGUCACAAGAACACGACGAUUAAGAGGAAGAAAGAGGUGAAGCUUGGACCUGCUACAGCAAACUCCUCCUCCGCCCUUGUCGGAACGCAGGCAACCAAAAUGUUCACUUUAACGGAGAACAAGUCCAGCAUGUGUGAGCUGAAUGAUGCACUACAGAACCCUGGGCGUGCCGUGCCACACAGACACGUGGAUCAUCACGCAGACGGAAGUGUGGAGGUGAUGGACGCUUGUCAGUUCAACCGGUACAUCGUGAACGUGAGCGUGCACAACAUAACCUUCGACUCGGCCACGGUGUCGUGGAGCACAGCUGAGGACACGCGCACUGUCCAGGGCAGAACGCUGAUGUUCCGCAUCCUGUUCGACCGCUUUGGCCACGCUGUCCGUUUCCCGCGCUAUGUUUACACUGACGGCUCAGCGCGAGCGGCGACACUACAGGAGCUCCGUGCAGACUCCACCUACAUCACCUGUGCGGAAAGCGUGCUGGGUGGCGCUUUGUGCCCGGUGGCACCGCGAGAUCACUGUGCGGGGUUCGUCACCACAUCACCGUUAGCGGAAAGCGACGUUAAGCUUCAGCACGUGACCGCGGCGGUGGUGGGGGCCAACAUGCUUCUGGUCCUGCUGGUGUGUGGAGUCUGGCUGGGGAACAUCAUAAGGAGGAGGAUCAAGACCCGGAAAUCGUCCGCGCAUACACACGUGCGUCACAUGUACUCCACUCGGAGACCUUUCCGGUCUGCCAUGGCAACCACAUGCGUCUCCUCUGAGUUCAGUGGCUACCAGAGCGGGCGCCCAUUGGCUGAGGACGGAGAUCUGAUCCAGUUUCCGGUUGACCGUUUUUUUGACGGCAGAGAUGAUGAUUGUGUAAUGCCGAGGUUCUCUGACUAAACCUGUCAUACAGCACAAAUCAUUUCCCUCAUGUGUCUGUAUCCGUGUGUGCAAAGUAGAUUACAAGCAUAUGUCAU